UGGUUGUUCUCAGAAGAUGGAGAGGAGGAUCAGAAGAUUCACUGGCACAGACACAGCUGAUAAACCCAGCAGACUGAUGACAGAGGAGAGAGAGGUCGCUCUGGCAGUGUGGAUAUUCUGCACAAAGGUUGUUCUGUUGGGGAUAUGCAGAGAGUUGAGUUAAAACAGCAUUUGUGGUGGGACACUAACAAGGGUUAGUAUCUCUUUGGGAGAGAGGGGUAAAAAGGUUUCUAUUUCUAUCUUUAAAAUAUUUUGUGUGUAAGUACACUGAGGGAAACUGAAACUUAAAACUCCUUGUAUGUGUACCCACGCAAGUCUGACCGUUUUUUGAGCACAUAUGACUCUGAUGUGUGCUUUAUGUGGUCCAUCUGCUCACCUUUUCACUUUUAAUACAUUUAUACAUAUGUUCACGGUGUCAGGGUGGUUGAGGGGGAAAUUCCUUAAAGGCCCUGAUCCAGUCUGGGUGCGGCCCUGGCUCAUUAAGCAGCAGUAGGCGGAGAGACGCUGCGACCUGGACCGCUGCUUCACCAUCCCGUCAUCCAUUCAUCCACGCGGAUAAACCAUCUCUACAACAUGUGAAAGACAGCCAGUGACGGUUUCGACGAGCAGUUGGUGCUGUAGUCCUCUGAAGAAUUGACGAUCGCAAAACUACAGAGUGAGAUCCCAAAGUCAGUGCAAAGGCGGAUACGAUGAGCCUCACUCUCCGGGUGCUGCUGCUGUGCGGGUUCCUCAGGGCGCAGCAGCAGCUGCUGCCUGGCUCCUGCAACUUUGAGCUGGGCACCUGUGGCUACAAAUCAGACCCAGAGUAUGGCAGCUGGAGCAUGAAUGAGGAAGGGCAUUUGAUAACAGUGGACUCAGCCUUCUUACAUGACCAUGGGCAUGCGGUUCUUGUCAGCCCAGUUCUGGACCAGCAGGACUGGAGCUGUGUGAGACUGGUGUACCAGAUCACUGGACAGGGUUCCCUACAGCUCCAUCUCAGACCAGAUGGUGAUAACUUUGACUACCAGCUGUGGACUGCCAACAAAGACUCUGACAGCUGGCUCAUCGCUAGUGUGGACCUACCCAACACCACAAUCCCUUACCAGAUUUUGCUGGAAGGUCGACCUGAACGUGGCUCAGGGAACAGCGUGGCCAUCUUUGAAAUUCACAUCGUUCCUGGUUACUGCAUAGAGUGUAACUUUGAGGAGCAUCACUUAUGUGGCUAUAGUAACAACUGGAACCCAAAUGUCAACUGGUACGUUGGAGGGAGUGUGGCUAGACAGCCUGAGUCCAACCAGCUCGGAAACAACACCAAUAACCAGAGAGGACAUCACAUGUAUGUGGACUCUGUGUAUGCCAAGCACUUCCAAGAAGUGGCCAAGCUGUCCUCUCCCAUGACUACGGUCCCCAUGGCUGGUUGCCUGUCCUUCUAUUACCACCGAGACCAGGAACGGGGGAACAUCUUUUCAGUUUUCACCAGAGACCAGCUGGGCCACUUUGAGGAGAUCUGGAGGCCAGAAUUAUAUACUACCUCUGGCUGGACUCUGGUCAGCGUUGACAUCAAAGCCCCACAUCCCCUUGAGGUGGUGUUUGAGGUGGCGUUCAACAGUGCCAGAGGCGGAUACGUAGCCGUCGAUGAUAUCUCUUUUUCCCCUGAAUUCUGCCACACUGACACAGAGCCGACCUUUGACCCCUCUAUAGCCAACUGUGACUUUGAGAAUGGGCUGUGUCUGUACUAUCAGGAGAGAGCAGAGAGUAACGCGUGGAGCAGAGUUUCAGUUAAGCCUAAUGCCUACAGAAUAGGGGACCAUACCACAGGAUCAGGCUGUUUCCUCCUGGCAAACACUCGUUUCACUUCAAGGCCUGGUUAUAUAGGUCGGCUUCAUGGUCCCUUUUUACCAGGGAACCACAAAUACUGUGUGAGGUUCUACUACCUGCUCCAUGGAUUUAGGAAAGUUGAUAAUGCUCUAGUUCUUUACAUUUAUGACGAGAACAACGUGGCCCAGGAGAAGGUUUGGAGCCUGACUGACACUUCCAGGUCUAUAUGGACUGAGGUUGAGAUCACCUUCAUGAAGCCCAUGCUUUCCAAGUUAGUGUUUGUCAGCAUAUGUAGGAACUUCUGGGAAUGUGGCCUGGUAGCCAUCGAUGACAUCACUGUCAGCCUGGGGGACUGUCAAAUCACAGCAGGCUCCCUCCCAGGCCAGUGUAACUUUGAAAAUGGAGUUUGCGGCUACCUCCAGGAUAACAAAGAAGACAAGGGCGACUGGCUGCGAGUCCGAGGACAUACCCCCACCUCCUAUACAGGACCUAGAGGAGACCACACUACUGGGGUGGGUUACUUCAUGUACAUCGAGGCGUCACUCAUGCGUCCAGGUCACAGAGCUCGGCUGCUGACCUCUGACCUGCGGGGUUCCACGUCCCCUCAGUGUUUGAUCUUCUACUACCACAUGUAUGGAUCUGGCACUGGGAUACUGAGCGUGCUUCUGCGUCACAGCAGCAGAGAGAAGGACACCAUGCUGUGGAGACGCCGUGGUGAACAGGGCAUCAGCUGGAUGAGGGCAGUGGUGGACUACCACUGUGAUGUCCGACACCAGAUCAUAUUUGAAGCCAUCCGAGGCCCGUCACUACGAAGUGAUAUUGCGAUUGAUGACAUCCGUUUUCAGAGGGGUCCAUGUGAAGAUCCUGGUGACAUCACUCCAUACUCGGGCUUCUCAGAGUAUUUCAAUGAGAUUGAGAAGUGAGGUUGGCGGGAACUCUCUCUGUAUAAAUGCUUGGUAGUUUUUUAGAGUUGGGCUGGAUGGUUUUCAGAAGUAUGAAUGUGAACAACUCACUGAGACAAUUUACAAAGUUGUAGAGCGAUGCUUACCUUAUGUUGCAGCCAGGACCCCCACCACACUGCACUGCUGCCUGUCUUCGCUUUCCAGUCCAGUUUAUUAGUUUAUGUGCUUUAAUCCUCAGUGUUUCCCUGAUCACAGCUUAAGAGAAUGGAAUUGCAUUACACGCAGGGGAAUUGAUGUGAUUUGUGACAACAUUUUCUGAUUCGAUUCCAGAUAGUCGCACCUCAUUCUCAUGACACAGCCCUGUUGACUCUAUGCACAAAAAGCAGUACAAAUAUUUGCCCAGUAUGCUAUAUGUGAAAGAAAAUAGCCAUUUCAGUUACAGAAAAUGAAAGGAGUCCUGAAAGGAAACACAACAUUGUGGAAUGUCUGUGAUGAUGUUUUCUGAGAGGUCCAAGAAGAUUCUUCCUCCAAAGCCUGAUAAUCAUAUACAUUUUAACACUGCAGUGGUCGCAUACGACAGCUUUAUGAGCUCAUAGGUGUACAGUGUGGUCUUGCUCUAGACAUACAGGUAGAAAACAUGUAUAGUGAACUUCAGAGGCCAGAUGUCAAAAGAAAAAAAAAUAGAUAUCUUUUAAAGGUCCAGUGUGAAUUAGUGGAUUUAGUUUCUGAAGAUGAAAGGUAUGGAGGAAAUAGCAAAUUAAAGUCAGCAAAAGGGAGAACAUAUCAAAUACACUCACCCAACAACUGGACGACUACACAUGAUGAAGAAGAAAGAAGGGGAACUAUAACUUAGCAUUUUGAGACAGGCAUUUGUAUUAAAAGACAAAUCCCAUGAAAGGUCAAAGUCAGCCAUGUGUCUCUCUGUGUCUCUCAGUCUGGUGUGCUUUUAACUUUUUGGAUAGCUCGGGCUUUCUGAGUAAGACUGGGAAAGCUGUAUAGAAGUAAAAAUGGCCUGAAACAAAUAUUUGCACACUUUGGUGCAUAGUAGCACUGGGCCUUGACUGCUGCCAUGUAGUUCAUCUGAUGCAAGGUACACAAAGCACACACCCACGCAACAACAGCAUGAAAACAUCAAGAAUCUGCAAGACUGUCCCUGUGUAUCCUGGAGCUGUCAGUAAGUCAGCUUCUUAACCAAAAGAUUGGACAUUGAUUCUGAGAAUUUCAUAUUUAAGAUCUGACAAGCCUUGCAAGCCUUUUGUUUUUGUGCUCGUUCAUUAGCUCUGUUCUGUAUAUAUUUGUUUAUAGUGUAAGUUGUUUGAAUGUAGACAUAGUUUUAGGUCCAAGAGAUGGGGAUGCUUAGCAAUGGACAAGUUUCAAGCUUGAACGCCAGUAUAUACAGUUCUGCUGAUGUUUCAUACAUAUCUAAUCUCAGAAUAUAACUAAGGCUGUGUUGGUUCUUGUUAAUCAGAUUUUACUCCAUAAUUUCACAACUCUUGAGUCCUCUGUCAUGUGCACAUCAGCAUCCUUUCAAGGCAUGGGUUCCGUAAGGUGCUGGAAACCUUUACUAGAGGUUCUAUCCAUGCUGGCUCCUUAACAUCACACAGUUCCAGCAGCGUUUUAAGCCACACGUGUUACAACUGGUGAGCUGUGAUUCUACUGUAGAUGUACUGUACACCGCUGCCUUGGUCUCCCUGUUUAGCCUGAUAACCAAGCCGAAUUUCCAUUUUGAUUAAAUUCUUGAAAAUAUCUGAAAUGUGGGCAGUGAGUCAGUGCUAGCUUUUCUACUGGCCUCUCUACUUCUUGUUUGUCUGUUUACCUGUUCUUGUAGACCCUAUAGUUCAUGAAGCUAUUGUAACUGAGAUGCUGGAGCCUUCAUGUUAGGCACCAGUAAACACAGAUCACACUUUUGCCCCUGUGGUUUAACAUGAGUAAGGAGGUCAUGAUUUCUGCACAGAGACAUUGCUGUUGAGCUUUUCAAAUGUAUUUUUUGGUGCUUUGAGCACCACAAGUGAAGUGCCAUCUAGUUCUAUCAUUUUCAAGAGAAGGCAGACAUUUGUACAGUGGAUAUCUAAAAGAGCAAACAAACAAGACAACACACGCCAAAACAAUCUAGAUGGAUAAAUAGCACUACAGGCAAGCGGGAAAAUAUGUUUAUUUGAUUUGGGGUGAACUGUGCUUUAUAGUGUGUUUUUAUUCAAAUAUGUUUAUAUUUUUACUGAAGUAAAAACUUAAAUGUAAGACUGCAUGUAAUUGAGUAUUUCUACACUGUUGUAUUGCUGCUUUUACUGAAGCACAAGAUCUAAGUACUUUUUUCACCUCUGCUUGAUUAGAUCAGAUUAAUGGUUUUUCACCAUCACAUCUCAGUGCUUCUUGUUACUGAUACACACAGCUAGUGUUCACAAAAUGGAGCAGCAUCUUAAUACUAUAUCAUUCAAAUCAAA